AAAAAACGAUAACAGCGGAGAUUUACGUCAGUUUGGAGUAGAAAGUAAACGAUACCGAUACCGAUUCCCGAAAGAAUUCAAAAAAUCAGGCAAGAUUCAGUUCGUGUACGCUUACAACAGCUCCGCGCCCCACGCCGCCUCCUCCUACCGCACCGCCGUCGCCCCCUUUGCGCCCUACGCGGCCGAGCGGUCCACCCACCACCACCCACUCCCGCCCCCGGAGGAGCGGCUGCCCUCGGACACCGAACAGCUUGCUGGAUCCGACGAGGAUCGGUCUCAGAGCCAGGAAGCGGAAGCGGAGGAAUACGACGAGGAGCGCGCAGGUAGCGGACCCUCCGGCAGGCCGCUCAUCGCAGCAGCAGGAGCAACAACAACAACGACAUCGACGACAGUAGUACCGGAAGCGGUACAAAGGGCGGCGGCCAAGGGAGCGACAGAGACGGCGACAAUGGCGGUGGUGCGCAAGAAACAGGACGACAAGUACCUGCUCGCCCUGCGGGAACUGGUGGCCAGCGGGACGGGGGGCAAUCGGCAGUGCUUCGACUGCGGCCAAAAAGGACCAACCUACGUGAACAUGACCAUCGGAUCCUUUGUCUGCACCCGCUGCUCCGGAGUCCUACGCGGUCUGACGCCGCCACAUCGGGUGAAAUCCAUAUCGAUGGCCACAUUCACACAGGACGAGAUCGACUUCCUGCGCAGCCAUGGCAACGAGUUGUGUGCCAAGACCUGGCUGGGAUUGUGGGAUCCGAAGCGGGCUGUGCACCAGCAGGAGCAGCGCGAUCUGAUGAUAGACAAGUAUGAGAGGAAGCGAUACUACCUGGAGCCGGCCAGUCCUCUUAAGUCGCUGGCCAAUGCGGUCAACCUGAAGUCUUCUGCUCCGGCGACGAACCACACUCAGAAUGGUCACCACAAUGGGUAUGCCAGCAUCCAUUUGACGCCUCCUGCUGCCCAGCGGACCUCGGCCAAUGGACUGCAGAAGGUGGCCAACUCGUCGAGUAACUCUUCUGGAAAGACCUCCUCCUCGAUCAGCAGGCCACAUUAUAACCACCACAACAACAGCCAAAACAACAAUCACGAUGCCUUUGGCCUGAGUGGCGGAUUGAGCAGCCUGAACAGCGCCGGUUCCACAUCCACCGGAGCUCUUUCCGACACCAGCAGUUGUGCCAGCAAUGGCUUCGGUGCGGACUGCGACUUUGUGGCUGACUUUGGCUCGGCCAACAUUUUCGAUGCCACAUCGGCGCGCUCCACAGGAUCGCCGGCGGUGUCGUCCGUGUCCUCAGUGGGUUCCAGCAAUGGCUACGCCAAGGUGCAGCCCAUCCGGGCAGCUCAUCUCCAGCAGCAACAGCAGUUGCAGCAUCAGCAGCAGCAGCUCCUCAAUGGCAAUGGUCAUCAGGGCACUGAGAACUUUGCCGACUUCGAUCACGCGCCCAUCUACAAUGCAGUGGCUCCACCGACUUUUAACGAUUGGAUCAGCGACUGGAGCAGGCGGGGCUUCCACGAUCCCUUCGACGAUUGCGAUGACUCGCCACCAGGUGUCCGUCCUCCAGCUUCUGCUCAAGUUCCCGCAGUAUCAUCACCAUUGCCAACCGUCCGAGAAGAACCAGAGCUGGCGUGGAACUUUUGGGAGAUGGAGAUGCGAAUAGAGGAGCAGGAAAAGAAUUCCCAAACUGAACCGCAGGAGAUGAGCUACUCCUUUUCGAAUAGAACUACUGCGCCCCUUUCCCCUUCGAAUCCCUUCCUGCCCUACCUUGUCAAUGAGGAGCAGCAUCGAAAUCAUCCAGAGAAGCCCUCCUUUUCGUAUUCGUUGUUCAGCUCCAUAUCAAAUAGUUCGCAAGAAGAUCAGGCGGAUGAUCAUGAGAUGAAUGUUUUAAAUGCCAAUUUCCAUGAUUUCUUUACGUGGAGUGCUCCCUUGCAGAACGGCCAUGCGAACAGUCCGCCGAAGGGCGGAAGUGCAGCGAUGGCGCCCAGUGAGGAUCGAUAUGCCGCUCUCAAGGAUCUCGACGAGCAGCUGCGAGAACUGAAGGCCAGCGAAGGCGCCACGGAAGCGCCCACGCCCACCAACGGCAAUGUUCAGGCCACAGAUGCCUUUGGUGGAGCCCUCAACAACAAUCCAAAUCCCUUCAAGGGUCAUCAACAGCAGCAGCUCAGCAGCCAUAGGGUGAAUCCAUUCCAGCAGCAGCAACAGCAGCAGCACCAGCAGAAUCUCUAUGGUCAGUUGACCCUCAUACCAAAUGCCUACGGCAGCAGUCCCCAGCAGCAGAUGGGGCACCAUCUCCUCCAGCAGCAGCAGCAGCAGCAGAGCUUCUUCAACUUCAACAACAACGGGUUUGCCAUCUCGCAGGGUCUGCCCAACGGCUGCGGCUUCGGCAGCAUGCAACCCGCUCCUGUGAUGGCCAACAAUCCCUUUGCAGCCAGCGGCGCCAUGAACACCAACAAUCCAUUCUUAUGAGACUCAACCCGGGAGAAUCCGCCACGCGCCACCUGGCAGAGGCCCUGAGCCAGCGAACAAAGAGCAGACACGGAGGAACCGAACCGAAAUUAGUCCAUUUUACGAACAAUAGCGUUAAUCUAUGUAUACAUAAUGCACGCCGGAGAGCACUCUUUGUGUACAUAGCCCAAAUAUGUACACCCGAAAGGCUCCACGCCGACGCUAGUCCUGGCGGAUGGCGGAGGCGGACUGGAGCGUUGAUAUAUUCUUUUACAUGGUAACUCUACUCUAACGUUUACGGAUACGGAUAUUUGUAUUUGCCGUUUGCCCUAGAACUCUAUACUUGUACUAAGCGCCCAUGAACACUUCAUCCACUAACAUAGCUACUAAUCCUAAUCCUAGUGGAGGAUGCAGUUAAUCCAGACUCGCUGUUAUUUGUUUUAUCUAUCCUCGUACUUGUCUUUGUCCCAUUUAGCACUUUCGUUGCGGAUAAGAACUUUGUCAGUUAUUGAUUGUGUGGCCUUAAUAAGAUUAUAAAACUAAAUAUUAUAACGUACGACUAUACAUAUACGGAUACAGAUACAGAUUCAGACACAGUUACAGAUACAUAUAUGCUUUUGUACCUAAUGAAUUGCUUCUUGUUUCCAUUGCUAAUCAUCUGCUUUCCGUGUGCUAAUUUUAUAUAAUAGUACGUGCGAUAUCGGCCGUGCAGAUAGAUUGCUCAGAUCGCGAGUCAAGCCUCUUUUGGUUGCACCCACGGCAGACAUUUGUACAUAUACUGUCUGAUUGUGAGCCUCGUGUAACACCACUCCCCACCCAUCCAUCGAACCCCGAAUCCAUGACUCAAUUCACUGCUCACAUGUCCAUGCCCAGAUAAGAAGCAAGAAUUUUUCCAUUUUAGCCUUAACGUGUCAAACAUUAUCGAAGCCUUAAAGUUAUUUAAAACUACGAAAUUUCAAUAAAAAUAAAUAAGAACAAUUAAAAAAAUAAA